AACUUUUCCAUCUCCAAAGUCCUCAGCUCAACUAUAAAUUCUAGCUUUUCAAAACCACAAAAUGCAUUGCUCGCCAAGACAAUGGCCAGCUCAAAGCUUCUCCUCACUUUCUUUCAAUUUACGCUUGUUCUCUCCGUGUUAGGCUUAGCUAAUGCAUACAGCCUAAAACUUGAUUAUUACAAAAAAUCAUGCCCCUCUGCCAAGCACAUAGCCAAAGCCAUAACCAAAAACUUUAUUCCCGGGCACCAAGGAUGCGAUGGUUCUGUGCUAUUAAACUCCACCAAGAACAACAAAGCUGAGAGAGAUGCAUACCCCAACCUUAGCCUUAGAGGUUUUCAAAAAAAAAAAUGUCCCGGUGUAGUUUCCUGUGCUGACAUCUUAGCCCUAGUAGCUCGUGAAGCCGUUUCGCAGAUUGGUGGACCCUUUUGGCUAGUCCCCUUGGGACGCAGAGAUGGGAGAGUGUCAACUGCUUCAGCGGCCACUGCUAAUCUGCCAUCUUUUGCUUUCAACAUAACACAACUAAAAGCAUCAUUUGCCUCCAAGGGCUUAAGUGAUAAAGACCUUGUAGUUUUAUCGGGAGGACACACUAUAGGAAUUGCUCAUUGCGACGCCUUCUCAGACCGCUUGUACAAUUUCAAUAGGCGAGGUGGUACUGAUCCAACGAUGGACCAAAACUACAUUGAUGCGUUGAAGAAAAAAUGCCCGCCAGGGGACAGCACUACACUUGUAGAGAUGGAUCCUGGAAGCCACAGAACAUUUGACGCACAUUACUACACUCUUGUUAGCAAAAGAAGAGGUCUACUUCAAUCCGAUGCAGCUCUUCUCAAAGACAGCGCCACCAAUGCUUAUGUGCAACUCCAGGCAACCACAGCCGGUUCUACUUUCAUGGAGGAUUUUGCAAAGUCCAUGGCGAAAAUGGGUAAAAUCGGCGUGCUCACCGGCUCUUCCGGUGAAAUCAGAAAGCAAUGUUCCACCAUCAACUAA